GAACGGAAGUGCCUGUGCAGCUUCCCGGAUCCGGAGCCGAGCUCUGGCGGCCGCCCUGCCCGCCAUCCUCCUUCCGCAGCCGUGAGGGAGACCGCGGCUCGGCUGCACCGGAGCUGCGAGUUACAGAAUGUCUGAAGGGGACAGUGUUGGAGACUCUGUCCAUGGGAAGCCCUCAGUGGUGUACAGAUUUUUCUCACGGCUUGGACAGAUUUAUCAGUCCUGGCUGGACAAGUCUACCCCCUACACAGCUGUCCGGUGGGUCGUGACGCUGGGCCUGAGCUUUGUCUACAUGAUUAGAGUUUACCUGUUACAGGGUUGGUACAUUGUGACCUACGCCUUGGGAAUUUACCACCUAAACCUUUUCAUUGCGUUCCUUUCUCCCAAAGUGGAUCCUUCCUUGAUGGAAGAUUCAGAUGAUGGCCCUUCGUUACCAACCAAACAAAAUGAGGAAUUUCGCCCCUUCAUUCGAAGGCUUCCAGAAUUCAAAUUUUGGCAUGCAGCUACAAAAGGCAUUCUUGUGGCUAUGAUCUGUACCUUCUUCGAGGCAUUUAACGUCCCAGUGUUCUGGCCGAUCCUAGUGAUGUACUUCAUCAUGCUUUUCUGUAUCACAAUGAAGAGGCAAAUAAAGCACAUGAUUAAAUACCGGUACAUACCAUUCACACACGGGAAGAGGAGAUACAAAGGGAAGGAGGACGUGGGCAAGACAUUUGCUAGUUAGAAGCUGGACUGACUCUCACACGGACUCAAGAACGGUUUUGAGCCAUUGUAACAAUGCCUUUUUCUUCACAUAAAGUAGUUGAUUAUGAGGAAGUUGAAUUUUCUUUUUAAGAGGAGCCUCAAUGAUUUGUAUCUGAAAUAUCAGGUUCUUGAAGAAACUGGCAUUUAAACCAAAUUGCAUUGAUUUCUUUUUCAGUGAUGUUCAUGUGUUUGAAAUGGACAGAUUGUAGUGAACCGUAGGCCUGGGAGGCCAGGCGGGUGGCAGCCCAGGAGAGCGGGAGGGAGGAUGGGAGAGUGGCCCUGGAGAGCCACCUUCCUGACCCCGCUGAGGCCAUUCUCUGCCAGGGACUAGCCAGCCUGCUUCCUGCUGUGAAAAAGAAUGUACCGCUUUGAGAGUGAUUUCACAGAGCUCUGUGGGGUUCUCAUGCCAGUAUCUGAAUCUCAUCUCACUAGAGAUGUUUCUCAAAUUGGCCUCGAUCAUAAUGACUCAACUCUGUUCUUAACUACCAUGAUUGCUUUUGAGGGCCUGGAAUUAUAAAUAUAUAUUAUAUUUUAA